CAACAGUUCCCUUAGCUUCCCUUGGAUGUGGUUUUCAUCCUUUCUCCCAGAUUGAUUUUUGACUAGAAGCCAAAAGCUACACAGAGACUCAAUGAUUGAGUGCUCAUCUGAACCCAGGAUUCUCCUGCCUUUCAGUACCACUCCAACCACUAGACCACAACAGCAUCUUAGGCUGCCUCAGAAGAGAGUCAUCCUUGUGGGAAAGGGAGGAAAAUUCCCAGCAGAACUCCCUUGGACUUCUGACCUUCGAUAAAAAUGAGGAAACAGCACUUCUGAUUUUCAAGAGAUUACCAUUAUCAUUAUGUUUCCCUUAAAGAAGACAUGUCAAGCUUUCACAAAUUAAACCCAAGCAAGCUCUGUGUAGUUUUUUUUUAAGUUCCUUAUUUGUUUUGCUAAUAACUCCUUGACAUAUUCAGACAGCUCCCACAUUAACAGAAGGUUUAUUUUUGCUACUAGCCUUAUGCAUUUAUGAAUGUAUUUUGGUAUAAAAAUAAAAUUGUAGAAUGAUAGUGGUCAUAUCACUCUAUUCAUUAUAGAGAAUGGGCCAAAAUCUCCAUCAAAUUGUGUUACAGCACAUGGACUGUUAGCAGAUGGUGGUUACUGAAGUCUGAGUCGGUUGAGCCUCAGCUUUUUCCUCACAUAGCCAGACCCUCCAGAAGAGAUGAGACUCGCGUUUUGUGGUAAUGACAAUGCCUCAGCCUACAACAUCAGUGCUGGUGUCCUCAGGAAUGUCUGCUUUGUGGAUGCCCUCAACUUGGUCCCUCAUGUCUUCCUGCUGUUUAUCACCUUCCCAAUUUUGUUCAUUGGCUGGGGAAGCCAGAGCUCCAAAGUGCAGAUUCACCACAAUACCUGGCUGCACUUCCCCGGGCACAACCUGCGGUGGAUCCUGACGUUCACCCUGCUCUUCGUGCACGUGUGUGAAAUAGCAGAGGGGAUUGUUUCCGACACGCAAAUGAAAUCUCGCCACCUGCAUCUCUUCCUACCAGCUAUAAUGGGAUUUGUGGCUGCCACUGUAUCCAUAGUCUAUUACCAUAAUAUUGAAACAUCCAACUUUCCAAAGUUACUGCUGGCCCUGUUCCUUUACUGGAUAAUGGCCUUUGUCACCAAAACCAUCAAGCUUGUCAGAUACUGCCAGGACGGGGUGCCUUUUUCUCAGCUGCGUUUCUGCAUCACUGGAAUCAUGGUCAUCCUCUAUGGGCUGCUGAUGGCUGUGGAGAUCAAUGUCAUCCGAGUCAGGAGGUAUGUGUUUUUCAUGAACCCUCAGAAAGUAAAGCCUCCAGAGGAUCUGCAGGAUCUGGGGGUGAGGUUCCUGCAGCCAUUUGUCAAUUUGCUCUCAAAGGCAACUUACUGGUGGAUGAACACUCUCAUUAUUUCUGCUCACAAGAAGCCUGUGGACCUGAAGGCCAUUGGGAAGCUCCCAAUUGCAAUGAGAGCACUGACAAAUUAUGUCUGUCUCAAAGAAGCCUAUGAGGAACAAAAGAAAAAGGUGGAGGACCAUCCCAACCGGAGUCCCUCCAUUUGGCUGGCCAUGUACAGCGCCUUUGGACGGCCAAUCCUGCUCAGCAGCACCUUCCGCUACCUGGCCGACCUGCUGGGCUUUGCUGGGCCACUCUGCAUUUCUGGCAUUGUCCAGGGCUUCCAGAACACAACCAAUAAUACAAAUAGCACAGAAAAGGUGAAGGAUCCAUCGAACUCCUACCUUUCAUCAGAGGAAUUCCUCAGGAAUGUUUAUGUCUUGGCAGUCCUUCUCUUCCUGGCCCUUAUCCUGCAGAGGACAUUCCUGCAGGCCUCCUACUAUGUGACUACAGAGACUGGCAUCAACCUCCGGGGUGCCUUACUGGCAAUGAUAUACAAUAAGAUCCUGAGGCUUUCUACAUCCAACUUGUCCAUGGGAGAGAUGACACUGGGACAAAUCAAUAACUUGGUUGCCAUAGAAACCAACCAAUUAAUGUGGUUCUUGUUCCUGUGCCCCAAUCUGUGGGCAAUGCCUGUUCAGAUAAUAAUGGGUGUGAUCCUCCUCUAUAACCUACUGGGAGUGAGUGCCUUGGUCGGGGCUGCUGUCAUUGUGCUCUUAGCUCCCAUCCAGUACUUCAUAGCCACCAAGCUGGCUGAGGCUCAGAAAAGCACUCUUGACUAUUCUACUGAGAGAUUAAAGAAAACCAAUGAGAUACUCAAAGGCAUUAAGCUAUUAAAGCUGUAUGCCUGGGAGCACAUAUUUUGUACAAGUGUGGAAGAAACGAGAAUGAAAGAGCUCACCAGUCUCAAAACCUUUGCACUUCAUACAUCUCUUUCCAUUUUUAUGAAUGCAGCCAUACCAAUAGCAGCUGUUCUUGCACACAUCCUGGUCACACCUCUGUUCCUGCUCUCCACAGUGGUUCGUUUUGCAGUCAAGGCCAUCGUGAGUGUACAGAAGCUGAAUGAGUUUCUCCUGAGUGAUGAGAUUGGAGAUGACAGCUGGAGAGGGGGGGACAGCUCUGUACCUUAUGAAUCCUGUAAGAAGCACACGGGACUUCACACCAAGGCCAUCAACAGGAGGCAGCCCCUGAGGUAUCAGCUUGAGAGCUACGAGCAGCCAGCAAGGAAGCAGACACGGCCCGUGGAGAUCGAUGAUGUGGCCAUUAAGGUGACUAAUGGAUACUUUUCAUGGGGAAGUGGUUUAGCUACACUGUCCAACAUAAACAUUAGAAUCCCAACAGGUCAGAUGACAAUGAUUGUGGGCCAAGUUGGCUGUGGCAAGUCUUCACUUCUCCUUGCUAUAUUGGGAGAGAUGCAGACCCUGGAGGGAAAAGUUCACUGGAGCAAUGUAAAUGAAACUGAACCUUCUUUUGAAGCAUCCAGAAGUAGGAACAGGUACUCCGUGGCUUAUGCAGCUCAGAAGCCGUGGCUGCUCAAUGCCACUGUGGAGGAGAACAUCAUCUUUGGCAGUCCCUUUAAUAAGCAGAGGUACAAGGCUGUUACAGAUGCCUGUUCUCUGCAGCCUGAUAUUGACUUACUGCCAUUUGGUGACCAGACAGAAAUUGGAGAAAGGGGGAUUAAUUUAAGUGGAGGCCAACGACAGAGAAUCUGUGUAGCUCGAGCACUCUACCAGAACACCAACAUUGUCUUCUUGGAUGACCCAUUCUCUGCACUGGACAUUCACUUAAGUGAUCACUUAAUGCAGGAAGGGAUUUUGAAGUUUCUGCAAGAAGACAAGAGGACUCUUGUUCUGGUGACACAUAAAUUACAAUAUCUGCCACAUGCUGACUGGAUCAUAGCAAUGAAGGAUGGAAUGGUGCUUAGAGAAGGGACACUAAAGGAUAUCCAAAACAAAGAUGUUGAGCUCUAUGAACACUGGAAAACUCUGAUGAAUCGCCAAGAUCAAGAGUUGGAAAAGGAUAUGGAAGCUGACCAGACAACUCUUGAGAGAAAGACCCUUCGAAGGGCCAUGUACCCCAGAGAAUCCAAGUCACAACUGGAAGAUGAAGAUGAAGAGGAGGAAGAAGAAGAAGAUGAAGAUGACAACAUGUCAACUGUCUUGAGGCUCAGGACAAAGAUGCCAUGGAAAACCUGCUGGAGAUAUCUAACCUCUGGAGGAUUUUUCUUGCUCUUUCUGAUGAUUUUCUCCAAGCUGUUGAAACACUCAGUUAUUGUGGCCAUAGAUUACUGGCUUGCUACAUGGACAUCCAUAGACAAUGCAAAUGAAGCCAGGAAUGCUGAUGAGGAUAAGAGCAAAGAGAAGACUUAUCAUGUAGCUGUCUUCAGCAUCCUCUCCGGAGCUGGGAUUGUCCUUUGCCUCAUCACAUCCCUGACUGUGGAAUGGAUGGGCCUCACAGCAGCCAAGAACCUACACCACAAUCUCCUCAAUAAGAUCAUCCUUGGUCCAAUCAGGUUCUUCGACAUGACUCCGCUGGGGCUAAUUUUAAAUCGCUUCUCUGCUGAUACCAAUAUCAUCGAUCAGCACAUCCCUCCCACGCUGGAGUCUCUGACCAGAUCCACCUUGCUCUGCCUGUCAGCCAUUGGGAUGAUCUCCUAUGCCACUCCAUGGUUCCUUGUGGCCCUCGUGCCCCUGGGCAUAGCAUUUUAUUUCAUCCAGAAAUACUUCAGGGUUGCUUCCAAGGACCUCCAAGAACUUGAUGACAGCACCCAGCUCCCUCUGCUGUGCCACUUCUCUGAGACAGCUGAAGGCCUUACCACCAUCAGAGCAUUCGGGCACGAAGCCAGAUUUAAACAACGUAUGCUGGAGCUGACGGACACGAACAACAUUGCCUACUUAUUUCUGUCAGCUGCCAACAGAUGGCUGGAGGUCAGGACGGAUUACCUGGGUGCUUGUAUUGUCCUGACUGCUGCUGUCACUUCCAUCACCGAAGGGCCACACUCGGGGUUCGUGGGGCUGGGUCUCCUGUACGCUCUGACGAUAACCAACUACCUGAACUGGGUAGUGAGGAAUCUGGCUGAUCUGGAAGUGCAGAUGGGUGCAGUGAAAAAAGUACACAGCUUUCUGAACAUGGAGUCAGAAAACUACGAAGGCUACCUGGAUCCCUCUCAAGUCCCCAAAGACUGGCCUCAGGAGGGGGAAAUCAAGAUUGAGAACUUGUGUGUUCGCUAUGAAAACAACCUGAAGCCUGUUCUGAAGCAUGUGAAGGCCUAUAUCAAACCAGGACAAAAGGUUGGGAUCUGUGGUCGCACAGGCAGUGGCAAAUCCUCUCUGUCCUUGGCGUUCUUCAGAAUGGUGGAUAUUUUUGAUGGGAGGAUAGUGAUUGAUGGGAUAGACAUCAGCAAACUGCCGCUGCACACGCUCCGCUCCCGGCUCUCCAUCAUUCUCCAGGACCCGAUCCUGUUCAGUGGCUCCAUCCGCUUUAAUUUGGAUCCUGAGUGCAAGUGCACUGAUGACAGACUCUGGGAAGCUCUGGAGAUUGCUCAGUUGAAGAACAUGGUCAAGUCAUUGCCAGGAGGCCUUGAUGCCACGGUCACAGAAGGAGGGGAAAACUUCAGUGUGGGGCAAAGGCAGCUCUUCUGUCUGGCCCGAGCCUUUGUCCGCAAGAGCAGCAUCCUCAUCAUGGAUGAAGCCACAGCAUCUAUUGACAUGGCCACAGAAAACAUCUUGCAGAAGGUUGUGAUGACUGCCUUUGCCGACCGCACUGUUGUAACAAUAGCGCACCGGGUUCACACCAUCCUCACUGCAGACCUGGUCAUCGUCAUGAAGCGAGGGAACAUCCUGGAGUAUGAUACUCCUGAGAAUCUGCUUUCCCAGGAAGAUGGCAUCUUCGCUUCCUUUGUCCGGGCUGACAUGUGAACAGCCACGCUAUGCAUUUUAACAGCUUCUUUUUAAACAGAUGAAAUGCAAAUAUUUUCUACUCUAAUGUCACUUUUACUUGUUUUGUUUUGUGUUGUUUUUUAGAGCUUCUUUCUUCACACUUCCAUCUUCCAAAAUAAUAAAGCCUAUUGCAAUACAUGUAUGCCUUGAAGCAAUAAAAAUGUCACUUUUUUCUAAGCUAUUAAACUUCACACACACACACACACACACACACGCACACAGAGGGAGAAGUUUUUACUUCCUGGGAAUUUGGCAUUUUCCUCAGACUUUUUACUGACUUUAUUAUUGUUUAAAGGGAGAAAAAGAAUGCACUGAUCUUAUAAACUGCAUAUGUUAUGCUGGAACCAGCAAUCAAAUCGUGCAGUUUGUCAAGGAAGCAAGAGGUUCCCCAGAUGCAUUCUAUCCCCAGAGGGAAAAAUUAGGAAAAACAUCCACGCCCAUAACACUUGGGGCAAUCUGCUGCAUUCCAAAGCCAUAAACUUUGCUCUCCAAGUUGUAGCAGAGGGGCAGUGAAUGAGGGAAAGGAAUUUCAUCAGGAAUAAGGACAUUCUUCCUAUGCUUCACUUUAGUGAGCACACUUCAGUUGUGACAGAACUAUUUUCAGUGCAACAAUGGUUUAUUUCUACAGUCAGUUCCUAAAUCCAUAUUCAUUCUUCCAACUUUCAUUAAAGAUUCAAAUCAUCCUAUGAUUAUGCAUGCUUUGAUAGGCUUAGAAGAAUUUUGUACAGUAUCUCAAGACUUUGUAUUAAAAUUGAUCUGAAUUUAUAAACUUGAUAUUAGCCAA